AUGACCGAUCCAAUCAGUCAGCCUGAGCAUGAGUCAACCAAAAACCAAGCAGACGACAUGGAUGAGGAUUUCGCAUACAACGCUGUCAUCGCGUACCUUGAUAGCGUUAAAUCACACUUUGAGCGCACAGAGCCUAAGACGAAGUCUCCUAUCGACGGGCUUCAGGAUCACCGCGUCAAGACACUGAAAUGCUCACUAGGGACGCGCAUGCUCCAAGUUGCUGGGCUCAUUGAAGGUCCAUUCAAGUCGGAAGAGAAAUUCCCAUGCUUUACCUUGCUGUACCGUAACCGCCUGGAUGCCGGUGGUCGCCUUGAACAAGAUGAAGAAAGGCGCUUCAAAUCUGAUUGUAAACGACUUAUGCGCCUCGUGAUUGGUAUGGCGGACAUCAUUGUUUCUUGCCCUUCGGCAAUCGCUCAGCCCACUCUAUAUCAUAGUCUGCAUCCCUCUUUUGUGGCGUUUGAGGAGGCUACUAUGAUGAAAGAACCAGAGGUUUUGCCAAUCCUAGUUUACUUGUUCCCGAUUGCCUUCGGAUUUUUCGGGGAUCCUAAGCAACUGGGCCCAAUGAUUGUGUCGACUACCGAGGAAAACCCCUUCAGGUCCCAACUGAAUGUUUCCCUUCUCCCUCGACUCAUCACCGUGGGAUACGACGUCGGGAAACUGAUUGUACAGCGCAGACUAGCAGGGGACAUCCACGAUUUAGUGACUACCGUUUUCCACCAGGAAAUGCUGCGUUGGGAUUUCGAACACAAGAUCGACCCCACUGGUUUGGUCAACCUUGUCAAGACAUUCAACAAGCGGAACUUCAACAUUGACUCCAAUGUCGCCUUCCUCAAUUCGGAACACGGGCAGCAGAGUAUGUGUGGAACGUCAUACAUGAACGAUGCGAAUGUCCGGGACGCUCUCGACCUCGCCAAUAACAUUCAUUAUACUAUGGGAGCAGCUUUCGACUCAAUCGUAAUCCUAACUGGAUACGAAGGGCAGUACAGAGCGUAUUUGCAAGAGGCGGACAGACGGAGCAAUAACUCGCACAUCCCGUGGCUUGAUCUAAAUAUCCAGAAGAUCAAGACUUUCCGAGGAAGUGAGUGUGACUUCAUAAUCUUCGAUGCAGUACGCACUAAGCCCCUUGGCUUUAUGGCAAACUUCCGGCGCUUGCAUGUUGCUCUGAGUCGUGCACGAUUUGGCCUUUGGGUUAUUUAUUCAGAUACUGUUCUCCGAACUGACCCUUUCGCCAAAACUUCAAAGUACAUCCAGGGGAUGCGGGAAUUUGCCAGCUCCAAGCAGUUGAAAGCGAUACUGAAGAAACCAGAGUAUGAGUCGUUCCCAGAAAUUCCUCAGGGCAAAAGCGUUACCAGUUCUGGGGUCAGUGCUCACAAUAAACUGCGUGCUGCCUAUGCUGCUCGUCGUGCUGCCUAUGCUGCUCGUCGUGCUGCCUAUGCUGCUCGUCGUGCUGCUCGUCGUGCAGCAAAUGUUAGUGAGGCAUCUGGCUCUGGCGAGGCAUCUGCUACUGGCGAGGCAUCUGCUACUGGCGAGGCAUCUGCUACUGGUGGGGCAUCUGACUGGUAG